AUGAAGCCCAGAAUGUGGGCCCCACAUGCAAGCCAGCCUCCCGGAGGCUUCCAGGCCACGUCCUCAGUGAAACUUCUCUUCCUUCCCAGCUUUGUGGAGCCCCAGUCAGGGGAGACCCCAGAACUGGAACAGCAGGAGCUGAGCCGAGGUGGUGGACAGAGAAAUCUGGGGACUCUCUUCGGGAAUGAUGAGGGGAGGGAGGUGGGGGGAGCCGACUGGGCAUAGGGGAGUAGGGAAGACCAAAGGUGGUGGAUGGGCAGGCCCAUGACUUCCCUGGGCUCCCAGCUCUGCAGGGCAGCAUUCCUGGCCGCCAUCUUGCUGCUGCUGCGGGUCAAGGGAGCGAAGCUUCAGAAAGGCAGCCUGGAUCCCAACGAGAGGAGUCAGAACGAGAAAACACCCUCCACAGACCAGGAUCAAGAGAACUUUGAAGAGCACUUUGUGGCCUCCUCUGUGGGGGAGAUGUGGCAGGUUGUGGACAUGGCUCAGCAAGAGGAUGACGGGACAUCAGACACAGCAGCCCUUCGUGACCACCUAUUUAACCUAGCCUUCUGCUUCAAUCUGGCCAGCAUCAUGGUUUUUUUAUGA